AUGGUGUCCUUCGAAGACAUAAUACUCAACAACGAGUCUCUCUCCAGCGCUGGCUCUGGCCCAAUUGCAGCUUUAGCAGGCUGUACCAACGGCAUCGGACUCGCCACGCUGCACGCCCUACUCAAACACACGACUAAACCGGUCCUCUACCUUAUAGGCCGAGACUCGUCGCGCUUGUCGUCCAUAGUCUCCGAAGCGUCCAAACUCAACGCCUCUGCUGCUCUCAUACCCAUUGUCGCCGACGACUUGACGUUGGUUUCCUCCGCACAGCGCGCUGCAGAAGAAAUCCUCUCCCACAAACCGCCGCGUCUCGACCUCCUGAUCGUCUCGCAAGGCUAUCUCUCCCUGUCCUCCCAGCCAGAUUUCUCCCCCGAAGGGCUCGAUCGCAUCACUUCGAUCCGCUACCACGCACGCAUGCGCAUGGUCGUAACCCUCUUGCCAUUAUUACGCAAAUCCCCUUCUCCGCGUGUAAUCUCCGUGUUAGCGUCGGGGAGAGAAGGCAAUCUGGAUCUCGACGAUUUGUCUAUGACGAAGACAACUCCAGGGAAACCGUACAGCGUAUUCUACGCCGUCGGUGCAGCGAGUGCGAUGACGACGCUAUUUCUCGAGCAUCUGGCAACACUCCCGGGAAAUGACCGGAUGGUCUUUAUACACAUUUUCCCUGGUCCUGUGGCUGAUACGGGUCUGCAUAUCCGCGAUGGAAGCUUUAUUAUCCGCUUGCUGUACGACUGGGUGUUAAAGCCUGUGAUGAGAGUAAUUGGCUCUUCAGCAUCGGAGGCCGGGGAGAGGGUCCUUUUUGCUGCAACAAAUGGACGGUUCCGACGCGUCGAACCAGCGCAAAGGGAGAGAAUGAAGGGGACUUUGAUCCAGGAAGGCACGGAUGGAGUGCAGGGCAGUGGUGUGUAUGCGGUUCAAGCGGAUUCGAGUGUGGUGACGGGCGGAGGGAAUAAGGAGCUGAAGAGGCUUAGGGAGAUGGGCGCCGCGAGGAAGGUGUGGGAAUAUACGAUGGGGGAGUUUGAGAGGAUUGAGACCAUGAAUACUCAAUGA